CUGCAGGUUUCUGGAGGGGCGGAGCCAGGGCCGUGAUGUCAUCGGCUCCGGCGCUCCGUCCUGAAAGGGCCUCUUUGUUGGCAGAGAUCAGCACAAGCGUCCUGCUUUUCCUGUGGAUCGUCUCUCAGCCGCCACCAUGAAAAAGACAACACUGUCCUCAAACUGCUUCAUUUAACUCCUCUUCGUGUUUUUACCGUGAGAAUUAUCCGUAUGGAUGGCUAGUUCCUCACCGGACUGAGUAAACGAGAAGAACUGGACCGGGGAAAAAAUGGAGCCUCUUACUCUGGAAAGUUGCUAGAAGAACCGCGCGAAGUCAGGAUGUCAGUGUUUUUAGCCGUCUUUGACUUCAUCUUCACGGUAUACAUGACAUAAGCUGCUAACGCAAACUUUGUGGACAGAUUUUUUAUGUUUUUAGUCACUUUUUGAACAGAACAGCUAUAUAGUUUGUGAACUGGAUUUUUUUUUGUAAUUGGUUGUGUUGGGAAGCAAAUGAAAAUGUUGGAGAUUUGUCUAAAAUUGGUGGGCUGUAAAUCCAAAAAAGGUCUUUCUUCGUCCUCCAGCUGUUACUUGGAAGAAGCGCUCCAGCGGCCGGAUUUCGAGGCCCCGGGUCUGUCUGAGGCGGCGCGCUGGAACUCCAAAGAGAAUCUGCUGGCGGGACCCAGCGAAAAUGACCCCAAUCUGUUCGUAGCGCUGUAUGACUUCGUCGCGAGCGGCGAUAACACUCUCAGCAUCACCAAAGGAGAGAAGCUGAGGGUUCUGGGAUACAAUCACAAUGGCGAGUGGUGCGAGGCGCAGACCAAGAACGGCCAGGGCUGGGUUCCCAGCAACUACAUCACGCCCGUCAACAGCCUGGAGAAGCACAGCUGGUACCACGGGCCCGUGUCCCGCAACGCUGCCGAGUACCUGCUGAGCAGCGGCAUCAACGGCAGCUUUCUGGUGCGCGAGAGCGAGAGCAGCCCGGGACAGAGGUCCAUCUCGCUGCGCUACGAGGGCCGCGUCUACCACUACCGCAUCAACACGGCCUCCGACGGCAAGCUGUAUGUGUCGUCAGAGAGCCGCUUUAACACACUGGCGGAGCUGGUUCACCAUCACUCCACCGUGUCCGACGGUCUGAUCACGACGCUGCAUUACCCAGCGCCCAAACGCAACAAGCCCACCAUCUACGGCGUCUCGCCCAACUACGACAAAUGGGAGAUGGAGCGCACAGACAUCACCAUGAAACACAAGCUGGGCGGAGGGCAGUAUGGAGAGGUGUACGAGGGCGUCUGGAAGAAAUACAACCUGACCGUGGCUGUCAAAACACUAAAGGAGGACACAAUGGAAGUGGAAGAGUUUUUAAAAGAAGCUGCGGUCAUGAAAGAAAUCAAACACCCGAACCUUGUGCAGCUGUUAGGUGUCUGCACACGGGAACCUCCGUUUUACAUCAUCACCGAGUUCAUGACCCAUGGAAACCUGCUGGAUUACCUGCGUGAUUGUAAUCAUGAGGAGGUCAAUGCUGUGGUGCUGCUCUACAUGGCCACGCAGAUCUCCUCCGCCAUGGAAUAUCUGGAGAAGAAGAACUUCAUCCACAGGGAUCUGGCUGCCCGUAACUGCUUAGUUGGCGAAAACCACUUGGUGAAAGUGGCAGAUUUUGGACUGAGUCGCCUGAUGACGGAAGAAACCUACAUAGCCCAUGUAGGAGCCAAGUUUCCCAUUAAAUGGACUGCCCCGGAGAGUCUGGCCUAUAACAAAUUCUCCAUCAAGUCAGACGUGUGGGCGUUUGGCGUCCUGCUUUGGGAAAUCGCCACCUACGGGAUGUCUCCGUAUCCUGGAAUCGACUUGUCCCAAGUGUACGAGCUACUAGAGAAAGAUUACCGCAUGGACAGACCCGAGGGAUGCCCAGAGAAAGUCUAUGAGCUCAUGAGGGCCUGUUGGAGGUGGAACCCUGCAGAGCGGCCUUCUUUUGCUGAAACCCACCAGGCGUUUGAGACGAUGUUUCAAGAGUCCAGUAUCUCUGACGAGGUGGAAAAAGAGUUGGGCAAAAAGGGCAAGAAGUUGACACUGGGUCCGAUACAGCAAGCUCCAGAACUUCCCACUAAGACGAGGACACUGCGAAGACAUACGGACAGCAGGGAUGGCGACAGUCUGGACGCAGCAGAGGCAGAGGUCACCGGGCCCCCGAUGCUCCCGAGGCCUGUCCUUGAUAGCAACUUAAACGAAGACGAUCGCCUCCUAGCCAAAGAUAAAGAUAAGUUCAGAAUGAAUCCGUUCAGUUUAAUCAAGAAAAAGAAGAGAACGGCUCCGGCUCCCCCUAAACGAAGCAGCUCCUUCGGGAAGAUGGAUGGGCACCUGGAUCGUAGAGGACUGACUUCCGACUGCAGAGAUGAUUUCAAUAAUGACAGCAUCGACCCUUCCAAAUUGGUCGGCUCCAACAAUACAACGAUGGUCGGAGUCACCAAUGGAGCUCCGGCGUAUCCCGGUCAGCUCUUUUCAUCUCAUUCACGGAAAAAGGGCAGCGGAGCGAAGCUUGCCACGACUCAACCCGCAGAAGAAGACCCCAUGUCAAACUCCAAGCGCUUCUUAAGGUCUUCCUCCGCCUCUAGCAUGCCCCCAGGCUCCGAGCGCACCGAGUGGAAGUCGGUCACUUUGCCCCGUGAUAUCCAGUCGUCUCACUUCGACUCGGGAACCUUCGGAGGAAAGCCAGCUCUGCCUCGCAAGAAAGCUGAUUGUGUGCCCCGCGGUGGCACCCUUACUCCGCCACCACGCCUUCCCAAGAAAACCGACUCGGAUGCACCAGACGAAGUGUUUAAGGACUCGGAAUCUAGUCCUGGAUCAAGUCCUUUGACUCUGACACCGAAGCUUAGCCGUCGGACGGAAAGCUCCAAAACGAGUGCCUUGCAAGCGGAGCUGUUCAAACCCAAUGUGCUUCCACCUCUAGGAGACGAAUGCAGACCUCGUAGGCUCAAGAACUCUUCUGAAGUCCCUGGACUUAGAGACAGAGAGAAGGGGAAGUUUGCCAAACCCAAACCAGCACCUCCUCCACCUCCGGUCUCGAGCGGCAAAUCUGGAAAGACUUCUAGGAGUCCCACUUUUGACGUUUCUUCGGAUACCAAAGUCAAAGGCUCGUCUGAACAAAACCCUCCAAGUCCCAGCUCCGCAGAACAAGGCAAAGGCGUGAGCCUUUCCCAAGAAAGUGCUAAGAAAGCGCCAAAAAACACCUCAAAAGUGCAGCCCCCAAAGACGUCUUCUAUAUCCACGAGCAGUCAGCUGCCAGGGAUGGGAACGGGAUCGGCCGUCGGUGAUCCGGGAUCCAACUUCAUUCCCCUCAUGACGACUCGCCGCUCGCUAAGGAAGACGCGCCAGCCGUCAGAGCGUCUCUCCAACUCCUGCAUCACGCGCGAGAUGGUCUUGGAGAGCACCGAGCUCCUGCGAGCCGCCAUCGGCCGCAUUUCGGAGCAGACCGGCAGCCACAGCGCGGUGCUGGAAGCCGGCAAGAAUCUGUCCAAGUAUUGCGCGAGCUACGUCGAGUCCAUCCAGCAGAUGCGCAACAAGUUUGCGUUCCGCGAAGCCAUCAAUAAGUUGGAGAGCAGCCUGCGCGAGCUGCAGAUCUGCCCCGCCGCCACCGGGGGAGCCAACACGCCUCAAGACUUUUCAAAGCUGCUUUCCUCCGUCAAGGAGAUCAGUGACAUUGUUCAGAGGUAGCGGAGAAGAGCUCGGACCGAUAUCAUUUGCGUGUCUGGGUUUUCCAUCGAACCCACCUCAGCUUUUCUCAUGCCAAAUAGAGGAACAUUUCCGAACGGUUCAGUGUCUUAUUACUGUGCAUGAAUGCAGGGGAACCGUUCCUCCAGAGUCCGUUUGGUGAUCUUAAGGUAGCCCAGGUCCAAGUCGUAGUGACUUGAUUGAGUCUUUCUCUGUAAUUCCUUGACUUUCCUCACUGCAAAAAAUGAUUUUCUUCCUUAAUACUUUUGUCUUGUUUUCUAGUAUAAAUGUCUGGAAUUAAGAUGCUUACUUGACAAGUAAAAUGACUUGGAAAAUAUCUACAUUUUGUUUUAAAAUUUUGCUUAAAACAAGUAAAAAUAUCUGCCAAUUGGGUAAAAAAAAAAAAAAUCUUGUUUAGCCUUUGAAUUAAGAUUAAUUUUCUUACACCAUUGGCAGAUUUCAUAAAACAAGACAAAAUAUCUUAUUUUACUUGUCAAGUAAAUGCAUCCUGAUUCAAGUAUUUUUAUAUAUUUAUACUAGAAAGCAAGACAAAAAUACUAAGGAAGGAAGUAGUUUUGCAGUGCUUCUCUGCAAGUAUUUGUUAAAAGCAGCAUUAUUUCAUGACUGACAGAAAAACACCUCAUGUGCCUCACACUUCCAAACAUUUUUACGGGAUCAAAAUGUAUUUUUGAAUUACAUUCACGAUCAUAGUAUUGAUAAAGACUUUAUCUUCGUUUUCUUCGUGUGGUUGGUCAAGAAAGCGCUUUGUUGCGAGAUGUGAACGGUCCCUGUGAUAUGAGGAACUUAAUUUUGUAAUCGACUGAUCGUGUAUUGUAUGAUUGCGACACUGUGCCAUGAUUGACAUUGAACCGAUGCGGUCGUAAAGUUGGUUUUCCCAUCUUUUCCAGGCCCGUUAAGGGUUAUGAACAAGUGUUCCUUCAGCACAAUCACUACAUAAACGCUUUUUUGAAACUACAGUUGCCUUAAUGAGACUCGCUGAACAUGAAUCACGGAUCAGCGAAAGAAACACUACUGUCUCAAGGAGAAAGACUUGGGAGUGAGAAUCUGCCCUUAAGAAGCAGUAUAUGUAUAGUUGUUUUUGUAAUGUCCUCUGAAAGAUCUUCAGUUACCACUUAAGUUGUCAUUUCAAGGGUUUUCCACACACCACUGAAGAUCACGGAUGUGAAUGGAGCAGCUUUAUCCAAUGACCACAAGCCACACGGUUCUCCUUGAGUCCAUGACUAUCUUGCUAAAACUUCCCUGUCUGUUUUGCUUGUGUAAUUGAAAUAAUGCAGUUGUUUUCAGUAUUAGUUUGUCUUUUCCGACACUUUGCCAUCUGACUGCGACGCCUGAGGAGGAGGCCAACCACAAGCUGCCUUUAAUUCAACAUGGUACUACCAGUGUUGACUUUCCAUGUUUUGUUUUUUUUCCCUCUUAAAAUCAUGCCACUAGUUUUAAAUGUGUAUUCAAGCCUCACACUAAUUGCUCGUCUUUGUAAAUACACGUCACCUAUUUUCAGUCGAUUCUUCCUGUAACCUUGGUGCAAUUUUUGUUGCAUAAAAUACAAAGCAAUUUUGCUACUUGAACAA